GGCCAUGGUGCAGGUUUUAUUUUUUUCGGAUUUGGGCCAUUUGCUUGUUGGUAAUAAACAUUUUAAUGGUUACCUAUUGUAUUUAAUGUGGUUGGGUAUCACAAAACGGAAUUUAAUACGAAAAAGUGGGUCAUAUUGGAGCGGUUUGCGAUAGCUUCUCAUUUCUCCCGGAAACCGUUGCAUGACGUCACGGUAGGGAGACGACAGACGUAGCCCUUCGAGACCCAUUGAGAGUAGAGAGUACGAGAGAGAUAAGAGACAGAUAAGUAAGAGAUAAAUACAUAGAUACAUAUAUAGAUAGCCUAGAUAGAUGGAUAGACAUAUAGAUAGAUAGAGAUAGACAGAAUAGAUAGAUAUAUAGACCGAUAUAGAUAUAGACCGAGAGAUAGGGAGACAGACAGAUAGCAUAGCAUAGCGAGUUAGGUAGGUGGGUAGGUAGGUGUAGCAUAGCGAGUUAGGUAGGUGGGUAGGUAGGUGUAGCUUUAGAAUGGUGUACAACUGUGUUUGUGCUGGGUGUAAUAAUUCUAGCAGAACAGGACACAGGGUCCAUGCCUUUCCGAAGGACAAGGCAACCCUCAGACAGUGGGUACAGUUUGUCCGCGUUAGACUGGCAGAUUUUUCUAUUCCCUCGGUCACUAAGAACUCCAAGGUCUGCAGCGCUCAUUUCACGGAGGAAGAUUACGACCAAGGGGAUAUCAGGAUGGUAUCUCUCGGGUUAAAGAGGCUGGCACAGCUUAUUCCGAACGCCGUGCCUUCUGUGCACACGCAUCUCUCUGCCUGCCCUGCCCCGAGACCGAGAGGCACCAAGAUCAGUGCCGCCAGCCGCAAGCGAGAGCUGGCUAUGAUGUUGACAGAUGCCUCACCGUGUGAGACCACGGACGGUGUCAAUGCUGCUACGGUAGAGGACCCCUUGCCCUACUCCACUUGUGACACUGGGACACAAUGUAUUUUGAAGCCCCUUGGAAGUUCUCACGCUGUGCAAGUGAACCUGAAGCCCAAGAUGGUCAGCAUGGGGACACAAACUUUCACCCCCCUCACUAGUCCUGACCCAACGGAUGGAGAAGAUGAUCUCUCUGUCAUCAGUGAUGCAUCAUGGGUACCAGGAGACCAGAUGUCUGAGGAGGAUGAGGAGGUGUUGUGUGAGGAGCCAUCUCAAACUUGUGACCCCCACCAAAAGUGA